GUGGACGCUGUGUUUUACGCCAUUUUCUCCUGAACAUCUCUUAGGUGCCUUGGCUGAUGUUCUAUAAACAGAGCUCUUUUGCGGGCAGAGUAGUCUCUGCCGAAGCUACCACCGCUUAUCAACCACAGGGACUUGGAAAAUAUUCAGAGCCGAAAGCAGGUCCAGUUUUCGAGACUCCAAUGUCGUCCUCUUCAGGAACUUUGGGUGGAAGUAACGUUCGUCAGUGGCAGGAGACCUUUAAGCAAUCAAAAGCUCCAGUGUAUCUGCUGAGGGGUACAAGAGAUAAGAUUAUCUUCAGGGGUCUUAUGGGUGUUCUACCUGUUGGAAUGGGUGUUGCAGCCUACUACUACUACAUGAUGGCCACUGGUAAACUGAAGAGAAAGGAAAGAUGAAAGUGACUGGAGUCCAAGCUAAUUUUCAUCAUUUAAAACUACUUCUGUCAAAAUUUGUGCAUUUUAGAAGGAACUUCAUUUGCUGCUUUGAUUGAUCUAAGUGAAUACUAGUCAAAAUAUAUUCAUUCUCCAGUGCUAUUUUGGUGCAGAAUUGUUGUUGGAACUUUAUGAAGGAUUAAUUUGUAAUAUAAUAGACACCUCUAUGCUUCUUUUUCUUUACUUGAGGUUAGUAAUAAUAAUAAU